UUUCGUCGCCAAAAAAAUUUCUAAGUAAUCAAAAUGGCUUCUUCUGGUAAUUCUUGUAAUAAAUCUUUUUGCAGUGAUUAUUUUCUGGUGAAGCCUGAAGAAGCAGGGUGGGUGGAUAUUCUGAGGUUGUUGUUUUGGAGUGAUGUCGGAAGAAGAAAGUUUGUCGAAAGUCCGGCGGCGGCUCAGCCGCGGCGGGAGCCGUUGAGCCGCCGGUGGCUCGUCUUCGUGUCGGUGGUUGCCAUGAAGCUCUUGCACGCCAUCGCCGGACCCCUGUCGGGAUUCGGCUCCGCCGUCGAGUUUUGGCUGAAUUUGCUGUCCCUAAAUGGGGGUUUCUUUACACUAAUCCUUAAUUUCUUCAGAGGGAAGGUUGUACAGCCAGAUCGGGCAUCAGCAAGUUUCGUGUCGUUUAUAGGAAAUAUGGACAAGAGAUUGGACUUAGAGAAGAGCAGAUUAUUCGGACAUGGAGAAGGCGAUAAAGCCUACUUUGCCUAUUUGUCCAUCAUGGCAGCUAAGCUCUCCUACGAGAAUCACAAUUUCAUUCGGACAACCGUAAAUGACGUCUGGAACAUGAAGCUUAUAGGAUCAUACGACUUCUGGAACGAUUACCAGCAAAAAUCCACAACACAAGCCUUCAUAUUCCACGACAACCUCGGCACCGUCGUCGUAGCUUUCCGGGGAACGGAAACCUUCAACUCCGACGACUGGUCCACCGACGUCGACAUCUCCUGGUACGAGGUCCCGGGACUCGGCAGGAUCCACGCCGGCUUCAUGAAGGCCCUCGGCCUGCAGAGGAACCACGGCUGGCCGCGCCGCCAAGCCGCCGCCAAGCCGGAGACGGCUUACUACGCCGUCCGGGAUCUUCUGAAAGACCUCCUGCAGAAGAACGACAAGGCCCGGCUCGUCGUCACCGGCCACAGCCUCGGCGGCGCGCUGGCGGCGCUGUUCCCGGCGGUCCUGGCGCUGCACGAGGAGGCGGCGGUGCUGGAGAGGCUGGAAGGUGUGUACACGUACGGGCAGCCGCGCGUGGGCGACGGCGCGUUCGGAGAAUUCAUGGAAGGCGUCAUGACGACGUACGGAUUCCGUCACUACAGAUUUGUUUACAGCUUCGAUUUGGUUCCCAGGUUGCCGUACGACGAUUCUUUGAUGAUGUUUAAACAUUUCGGCACGUGCGUUUAUUACAACAGCUUCUAUCAGGGCAAGGUGGUGGCAGAAGAGCCAAACAAGAACUACUUCUCCAUAUUUUGGUUAAUACCAAAGUUCCUAAACGCCUGUUGGGAGCUCAUCAGAAGUUUCACGUUUCCUUUGUACACCGGAAACUUCGAAUACACGGAAUCCGGCCUCAUUCGCAUACUCCGGGCAGCCGGGCUUCUGGUCGCCGGACUGCCCGCCCACUGCCCGCCCGAUUACGUCAAUUCGAUUAGCCUCGGAUCUUCAGAUGUUUUUAACUCCAUGGUUUCCCAAGAGGCCAUGAAGUCACAAUGAUCACAUUCUUAAUACAAUGGUUCGAUUAAUUUUUCAUUCAUCAAAGUAUAUGAAAUUUUAUUUUUAUCUUAAAAAUGUGCAACAUUUUUCGAUUCAAAUCAUCAAUAAAAGUGAUCGGUUACCUUUUCUACAAAUGUCGGGCAUGUAUUAACUCAAGGAUCUUAUUUGCCCUCUACGAACUUUCCUGUAGAAAUUGUUAAAAUAUAUUCAGAAGUAAUAUAUCAUAUUUAUGGUAGUUAUAAGAUUAUCUUAUUUAAGAGAUUAUAGGAUUCUUGUUUUAUUUAAACGAUUUGUAUAGUAUUGUAUAAAUAUGUACGUAUUCUUAUGAUU